AUGAAAGCCCAUCUGCUGUUAUUACAAUUGGCAAACCCAGCAACAGACCAAGACCUGUUAGGGUUAUUUUCAAUGAUCAGUUCUUUGCAUUGAAAUGCCUUCGUAAUAAGAACAAAUUAAUUGGCAAGAAUUUUACGAUAAAGCAAGAUCUUACUAAACUACAGAGGGCAACGUCAAACAAUCUUCUUACUUUCUUGAAAAUAAGGAAAGAGGUGAGGAAAAUAUCGGCGUUAGAUAUCGAAAUGGCAUUUCCUACAUUUCCAAAAUGAAUAACUCUUCUCGUUCAAAAAACUAAUUGAACGAGAUGACCAAAUGAUAAGCUGUUAUUGUCAGAACGUCGUGGACUUUGUACAAAAAUUAAUACUCUUAAGGAGGCAGUAAAUCUCUGCGAUUACUCGGUCAUCAUCCUACUAGAGACAUGGCUGAAUAAAUCCUUCUCAACCAGUGAACUUAAUUUUCAAGGAUACAAUAUCCUCAGAAUGAACCGAAGCUCUUCUACUAGUGAUAAAGGGCGUGGUGGUGGAGUGAUUAUUGCUGUGUCUAGUGGUCUAAAGUCCCGUAAACUGCAGUUGUCCUCUGAAGAAAUUGAACAGUUAUUUGUCGAAGUGAAAUUUUUCAAGAAAACCAUCCAUAUUCCACCAAAUUCUUCUUCAAUUAAAUAUGACAUCCGUUGUUUAUCUCUUUUUGAAAUUUCUGAGAUUUGUCCAGGGACUGACGUGGCCAUCUUCGGUGAUUGCAAUCUUCCGGAGGCAACUUGGAAUAAUGAUGAUGAUACUUUUGUCCAUUGCCCUGAGAAUUCACCGGCAGGUAGAUUGGCAGAAACCUUCUCCUAUCUCAAUAUGUUACAACUCAAUAAUGUUUCGAAUGAGCGUAAUGUGUUUUUAGAUUUAUUGUUUUCUAGCUUGUUUUAUAUCAGUGUAUUACCAGCUUAUGAUAUUUGUGUACACCACAGAGCUUAUGCCUUUACAAUUUUAGCAAGGUGUAGUCAAUCUAAUUUUGAUGAGCUCUUUUACGACUUUACAAAUGCUAACUUUACUAGUUUUUGCAAAAUACUGGAGUUUGAAUUUUUGUAAUUGGAAAUACGCCCCCUAGCGGCCAUUUUUUGCUGCUGAGACAUAGCCGGCGUCCUUAAUAGUUAAAUCACCCGGUAUGUAGGAAGUUUAGUAGAUUCUCGAAGCGAAAUGUUUGUAUCUGAUGUCCGUGGAAAGGGCUUUCCAAUUAUAA